CAAACUUGAUAUUUUUUGCAGUGGUCGCUCCUCAUUCACUCUCUCUCUCUCUCUCUCUCUGCCCCACACACUGACGGACUCACAGACAGAUGGACAGACUAUCUCCUGGAGCUCAAGGACUGAAGGACACGGUAAAGCGCAGCUGAUAAGCGGCUUUAAUCUGCUAAUUUUGCCCCGGUGGCCUUUAGCAGGCUGCAGGUAAACACAGAGGAGCUGAAAGCAGCCGCAGUCCGACACACUCACCGCGGAGUGACCCCUGAGACGAUCCGGACGGUCUGAAACUCCUGAGCAGACAUGGAUUUACGCCUCAACUUUGUCAAGAUUUGAGGAUUUUAAACGGGCUCAUCCUCGUGAUGCUCUUUCACAAGAGGGCAGACGGGACUUUUCCUGCUUCAUUUUCCGUAACUAUGAGUUAAAAUGUGUCUAACUUUGUAGAGAAGAUUGGACUUCCCCUGUUUCCAGCCCGUUUUACGCGCCGUUUCCUUGCGUAAAAGUGCGCACCGGAGCGCUCUGGAGCUCCACGCUAGAGUCUGAGCCGAGUCUCCAGGAUGGCCCCACAGUGCGGGGAUCAGGGUCCAGCCCAGCCUUCAUGAGAGCCCCCUGGUCGAGCUGCUGUGGCUCGGACAGGCUCGAAGCGGAGCCGCGGCGGAGAUGGCGGUCAACCUGAGCGCGGCAGAAGCGGCAGGGGCGGCGGUGAGGGGACACAACUACCCGGCGCUGGUGUUCGGGGUGCUGCUGAUCGUGGUGAUCAUCUGUGGGAACCUGCUGGUGUGUCUGAGCGUGCUCACUGAGAAGGCGUUGAAGACCACCACCAACUACUUCAUCGUCAGUCUGGCGGUGGCAGAUCUGAUGCUGGCGGUGCUCGUGCUGCCGCUCUUCGUCUACUCAGAGUUUGAGGAUGGCGUUUGGACCCUCAGCACCGCCAUCUGUGACGGUCUGAUGACGAUGGACGUGAUGCUGUGUACCGCCUCCAUCUUCAACCUCUGUGCCAUCAGCAUCGACAGGUUCAUCGCCGUGUUGAUCCCUCUGAACUACAACAGGAAGCACGUCGACCUGCGUCAGACAGUGCUGCUGUCAGCCACGUGGAUCCUCGCCCUCGCCGUGGCCUCUCCCGUCAUUUUCGGCAUUAACAACGUGCCCGGCCGUGACCCCUCGGAGUGUAAACUGGAGAACAACGACUACGUCCUGUACUCGUCUGUGUGCUCCUUCUUCAUCCCCUGUCCCAUCAUGCUGCUGCUCUACUGCGGCAUGUUUCGGGGCCUGCGGCGCUGGGAGGAGGCGCGGAAGGCCAAACUGAGGAACAGCAUCCAGGCCUGCCGUAAGCUCCAGGAGGCCGCCGCCUCUCUGCCGCCGCUGGCUUCACUGCCUCCACCGCUGCCACCGAUCAUAGAGAGGGAACCUGCGGAUACACCAGAGGAUCAGUGCAGCUUCCCGUCUCAAGAUAGACCCUUUAACCCGUCAGAGUACAUGGACGGACACGUACGGACCGUCAGCUUAGCAGAGAUCAAGUUCAACCCUGAACCUCGUAGGAGGAAGACUGCCAAGAUCAACACCAGGGAGAGGAAGGCCAUGAAGGUGCUUCCUGUCGUCGUGGGUGCCUUCCUGUUCUGCUGGACUCCCUUCUUUGUUCUCCACACGAUGCGAGCUCGCUGUCAUGACUGCCACGUCCCGCCGGCCCUGAUGAGCGUGGUGACGUGGCUCGGCUACGUCAACAGCGCCAUCAACCCUGUCAUCUACACCGUCUUCAACACCGAGUUCAGGAACUUUUUUAAGAAAGUCCUUCAAGGCCGCUGCUCCAAAACCGCUCGCUGAGGAUGCUGCUGCUGCAGGGAUGAUUUCUUAAACGCACAACAGCUACAAGAGGCUCUGCUGACGGCUGGUUUAGUCGCUCUUUUUUCAUUUACCUGUAAGGUUUUAUUUUUCUACAUGUGACUACAGCAGAGUUUGGUUUGGCUUCAUGUUUGCUGCAAAGACACUGCCGUCUGAGGAGAGAAGCAUUGACAGGAUCAUCAACAUAUCCACAACAUAUAACCAAGAGAAAGGG